AUGGGCAAUAUCAGCUCCAAAAAACGGAAGGAAAGGCCCAGUAUCAUCAGAACAGAAAACUCGGAUAAUGAAUACUACAACACUACUACAACUUCGUUGAAUUCCAUACUCGUAAAUUCCAACAGCCCACAACAACCUUUACCAGCCAAUUCAGUACAAGACAACGCGACCGAUCGUUUAGCAGCACUUGACCAACAAGACGACGCAAAUGAACAAGACAACAAUGACGAUUCCCUAAAUACCGAUUUGAAUCAGUUGACGUUAUCGGAUCAGAACCAGCUGACAGCCACAUCCAUGCGAUCCAUUGGUAGCAAUUUGGACAUCGACGAAUGUAUCAACCGUUUGCUUGAAGUAGGCAUGGGUGGCAAAGUGCACAAGUCGAUCUGUUUUAGAAACUCGGAAAUCACGGCCAUAUGUAGGGCAGCACAAGAAGUGUUCCUUAGUCAGCCCUCAAUGAUCGAAUUGAGUCCACCAGUCAAGAUCAUGGGCGAUAUUCAUGGACAAUUUCACGAUCUUUUGCGAUUAUUUGAAAUGGGUGGAUUUCCACCGGAUUCCAACUAUUUGUUCAUGGGCGACUAUGUCGACCGGGGGAAACAGUCUUUGGAAACCAUCUUGUUACUGUUUUGCUACAAGAUCAAAUAUCCGGAAAAUUUCUUUCUAACCCGAGGCAAUCACGAAUGCGCCAAUGUCACCCGAGUAUAUGGUUUUUAUGACGAAUGUAAAAGACGUACCAAUGUAAAAAUAUGGCGUGUCUUUAUCGAUGUAUUCAACACACUACCGAUCGCUGCGCUUGUGGCAGGCAAAAUAUUCUGUGUACAUGGCGGUUUAAGUCCGUCACUAAACUCUUUAGACGACGUACGAAACAUUAUACGGCCUACCGAUGUGCCUGAAUAUGGGCUAUUGAACGACCUUUUAUGGUCAGAUCCUUCAACUAGCACCGAUGACUGGGAGGAUAGUGACAGAGGAGUAUCAUAUUGUUUUGGAAAACGGAUUGUCAACGAAUUUCUUGCAAAGUUUGAUCUUGAUCUUGUUUGCAGGGCACAUAUGGUUGUUGAAGACGGAUAUGAAUUCUUUAAUGAGAGGACACUUGUCACUGUGUUUUCAGCGCCAAACUACUGUGGAGAGUUUGACAAUUUUGGUGCAAUCAUGAGCAUCAACGAUGAGUUACUCUGCAGCUUCGAGCUAUUGACACCCACGGAUCAUCCACCGGCAAAAUUAGCAGCAAUUAGUAAGGCCAAGGGCGGCCGGAGACCAAGUCCACCAAUGAUGAGCACUUCACCGCUCAGUAAUAGUGAUUGA